AUGCAUUUUUUCCAUCCUCAUCUUAAUCCAUCUGUUGCUCCUGCACCCUCACCAGCUUUUUCCCCCAACCGAAGCCGCAUUCCACCACCAAGACACAGAGGUCAUCACCAUCAUCGUCGUUGGCAUUUAAGGCGCAAUGUGACAGCGGUUUCACCUUCCUCACAAGACUGUCAACAGACAUGUGUGGAGCCUCUUACUUCAACUCCCUUUGGUUCACCUUGCGGUUGUGUUUUCCCCAUGAAAGUUCAGCUUCUGCUAAGUGUUGCGCCUUUUUCUAUUUUCCCUGUGACAAACGAGUUAGAAAUCGAGGUUGCUGCUGGAACAUACUUGGAACAAAGCCAAGUGAAAAUAAUGGGUGCCAGUGCGGACAGUGAAAAUCAAGGGAAAACAGUGGUCGAUAUUAACCUUGUUCCACUUGGGGAAAAAUUCGACAAUACUACGGCGACACUUAUUUACCAAAGGUUCCGGCACAAGAAAGUGCCUCUAAACGAGACUGUUUUUGGUGAUUAUGAGGUUACACAUAUAAGUUAUCCAGGAAUUCCUUCUUCUUCAUCAUAUGGAGAUAUUAUGGGAAGUGCUCCAAGUGCAAGCAUGGGAGGGCUUCCAAUCAAUGCAACCUUCGGCAACAAAAGCAAUGGAAUAGGUUUUAGAACGAUUGCUAUCAUUGUCUUGUCAGGUUUUGUGCUCGCUCUGGUUUUGGCUGGAGCUGUAUUUAUAGUCAGGAAAUGGUAUAAUGUUGGGAAGUCAUCUAAUGCUGUUGGCCCAGCGUUGGCCCCGUCGAUUAACAAAAGGCCUGGUGGUGGAUCUAUGUUUUCCAGUAGUGCCAGAAGCUCGGGAUCAGAUUCUCUGAUAUCGUCCAUGGCUACAUGUGCUUUAUCUGUUAAGACUUUCACGCUUUCCGAGCUUGAGGCGGCAACUGAUAAAUUCAGUGCCAAGAGGGUUUUGGGUGAGGGAGGAUUUGGUCGUGUUUACCAGGGCAACAUGGAAGAUGGAACCGAGAUUGCAGUUAAACUGCUAACUAGGGACAAUCAGAAUCGAGACCGUGAAUUUAUUGCAGAAGUGGAGAUGCUAAGCCGUUUGCACCACCGCAAUCUUGUGAAACUGAUUGGAAUAUGCAUUGAAGGCCGAACACGUUGCUUAAUUUACGAGCUUGUCCACAAUGGGAGUGUCGAGUCCCACUUGCACGAAGGAACGCUUGAUUGGGAUGCACGGUUGAAGAUUGCACUUGGAGCUGCGAGAGGACUGGCCUAUCUCCAUGAAGAUUCAAAUCCCCGAGUAAUCCACCGGGAUUUCAAAGCGAGCAAUGUUCUUCUAGAAGAUGACUUUACCCCAAAAGUCUCAGACUUUGGACUGGCGAGAGAAGCCACCGAAGGAAGUCAACAUAUCUCCACUCGAGUCAUGGGAACCUUUGGGUACGUGGCCCCUGAGUAUGCAAUGACAGGGCAUCUCCUUGUAAAAAGCGAUGUCUAUAGUUACGGUGUGGUACUACUCGAGCUUCUGACCGGUAGAAGACCGGUAGACAUGUCUCAACCUUCGGGAGAAGAAAACCUUGUGACAUGGGCGAGACCUUUGCUAGCCAACAGAGAGGGCCUGGAGCAACUAGUGGACCCCUCGUUGGCUGGAACCUAUGACUUUGAUGAUAUGGCGAAAGUGGCUGCGAUUGCUUCCAUGUGCGUACACCAAGAGGUCUCACACAGACCGUUCAUGGGGGAAGUGGUUCAGGCACUAAAACUUAUAUACAACGAUGCAGAGGAGACCUGUGGGGACUAUUGCAGCCAGAAGGAGUCAUCAGUACCAGACUCUGCAGACUUCAAAGGCGAUCUAGCACCCUCGGAUAGCAGCUGGUGGAAUUUGACGCCUCGGUUAAGGUAUGGUCAAGCGUCUUCGUUCAUAACGAUGGAUUAUAGCUCAGGACCACUAGAGGACAUGGAGAACCGGCCUCACUCUGCCUCUAGCAUUCCUAGAGAAGGAGGUGUAAUUCUACCAAACAGGUCGGGUCCGUUACGGCCCAUCCGUAGUAGAAGAAACUUCUUUAGACUGAGAGGAAGCAUGAGCGAACACGGUGGACCGUCAUCGUCUAGACAUCUCUGGUCCGGGAAUGGAGACUGGUUCUGA